CUGAAAAAGAUGCGUUUUGCUUGGUCGGCUGCUCCCCGCGUCAGUCAUUGGAGGAGCGAGCUCCCCAACGGCGGCCCCGCCGACGACCCAGCGGCGCCACCACCCCCGUCCCUCGCCCGGCCGCCAGGGCCGCGAUGCAUCGAUCCGGCGCGCGGGUCCCUGCUCGCAGCCGGUGGAGAGAGCGCGCGGGGCGGCGGAGCACUGCUCGUGACGGCCGGCCUCACAGUCACAGGUGGGCUCCGCCUCCAGAUCCGGCUCCGUCUCCGGCCCCGGUCCAUGCCCUUCUUCUCCAGAUACAGCGCGUGUUUUCGAACCAAUUCCUCAGUUACCCGCUGAACCGGUUUGGGUUCAGAGUCGGAUCCGGGCUAUUCGAUUGUGCGGAUUCUUUGCGUGGAUCCGGCGUGAUUGAGAUUCGAACUCUCUCCUCAAGCUGCAAUCGAUUCGAGUCCGGCCGUACAGAGUUCGUUCCCGACUUGCCGUUGCCGUGCAGGUUUGUGCGUAGAAUGAUGCGCGUCUACCACUCUAGUCUCCAGGGAUUAACAGCAGCAAUACGUACGAGGCAGGCAAAAAGCACGCACAUUUCGAGCCAGGAAGAUGAUUGUGGUUGCAGCGACCAACUUCCCCGAGUCAUUAGAUAGCGCCCUUGUCAGGCCCGGGCGUUUUGACCGUCAAGUCAUUGUCCCUAUUCCAGAUGUUGAAGGCCGACGGCAGAUCCUUGAGGCCUACAUGUCAAAGGUGUCUACAGGCAAGGGUGUGGAUGUGAUGACCAUCGCGAGGGGGACGCCUGGGUUCUCAGGUGCACACCUUGCAAGCCUAGUGAACGAUGCCGCCCUCAAGGCUUCCAUGGAUGGGGCAAAUGCUGUUGGGAUGGAUCACUUUGAGUAUGCCAAGGACAGGAUCAUCAUGGGCAGUGAGCGCAAGUCGAUGGUGAUAUCUGAUCAAGCCAGGAAGAUGAUUGCGUACCAUGAGGGUGGGCACGCCCUUGUUGCUAUCCUCAUGGACGGGGCUGACCCUGUCCACAAGGCCACCAUCAUGCCUAGGGGAUAUACCCUUGGCAUGGUGGCGCAGCUGCCGGGGGAAGACAGCGAGCUCGAAGUCUCGAGGAAGCAGAUGCUGGCGAAUUUAGAUGUCUGCAUGGGAGGGCGGGCGGCCCAGGAGCUUAUAUUUGGAGAAGCAGGGGUCGGCACAGGUGCCUUGUCUGAUCUAAGACAGGCGACUCAGCUGGCGACAAAGAUGGUCACCAGGUAUGGAAUGAGCAAGCGGGUCGGCCUUGUUACCUAUAGCGAUGACGACGAUGUCGGCGGUGGCAAGACGAAGAACAUGAGCGGGCGAACGUCAGAAGUGGUUGAUGAGGAGGUGAAAGCACUGUUGGACAACGCUUACAAGAACGCCAAAAUUCUUAUCACGGAGCACAACAAGGAGCUCCAUGCGCUAGCAAAUGCCCUCCUGGAGCAUGAAACUCUCGGUGUUGGCGCGAUCAAGAAACUAGUUUCGACAGGACGGCAUGGAGAUGGUCCUAGCAGUAGCCAGCAAGAUCAUCAGGUAACACCUUCUCUCACCGGUAACGAGAUCUCAAAACUAGUAUCUGGCUGAACAACAAGAUGGUCAUAACAACAGCCAAAGAGGAUCAGGUAACAACACCUUCUCCCACCGGUGACGAGAUGAAGGAAUCAGCAGCAAGUAGAUGAUGCUAGCAAUGGUCAGCAGAAUCAGGGAACACCGUCUCUGCCCUAGCCUUGGAGACACUUAUACAGGAAGAAAUACUUCUUUGCCUGAUAGAUACUACAGAGCGAUGCGUAUUUUCAUCUGCCCUUUGUUUCUGGAGUCUGAAGAGAAUGCGACGUGUUUUGUACUUCUGCAUACUGUGUUCUGAACCAGCAAAACCUCUAGUCUUGUGUCUCAAACAUGAAUGUACCCCAAGAUUUCUAUUGGGCAGGGUGUAAAUACAAUUUAAUACAUUUUUCCCAGCUGCAAAUCAUAGUAAAAAUUACCAUUAGGUGACUUAGGUCC